AUGUUGGCAGGUUGUUCGAGUUCUUCAUUAUUGUCACCGACCCGAAGAUUAAGGAGUGAAGCAACAUCAGGCACAGUUUCAGUACACUUUCCCAUGAACACACAGAGACUGGACUUACCCCGCAGCAGUAGCUUCUCCCGCAAGGAAACAUCUUCCAGCCGACCACUUGGACGCAGCAUCUCACUCGACAACAAACCGAUUGAGCGCAAGACCGGUGGAUGUUCGCUUAAACAGAGCAUAAAGCUUCCACCUUUGGCAACAACAAGAGGAAAUGCAGAAGGGUUUUCUUGGAACAAGGACAACAACAACAGAGGAAAGAAGUGUUUGAAGAGAUUCGCCGAGGAGAACAAGGACGAGUCUUGUCUGAGCAGAGUGAAGAGACAAAGAAGCGAAACAGGAGAUGAAGAUUACAAUCGAGGUUUCUGGUUUAGUACGCAGAACUCAGCUCCAGCAUUACCCUUUUCUUUGACAUGUUCAGGUGAUGAUGAAGAAAAGGUUUGGUUUGCACCCAGCGAAGUGAUCUCUCAGCCAUUACAGAGCAGCCCAAACUGGGUUAUCACCGAGUUAGCUGGUUUUGGCGAUAAGGACACUGAGAGUAGCCGUUUUGCAGCAGUCAAGGAAGCUUCUGGAUCAUCAACAAGCGCAUCAUCAGACAGUCAUAGCUUAAGACACAGAGUACCAGAAUCUACAAAUGGUUCGAGGAAUCCAUAUUCACACCGAGACAGUACAGAGGAAAGAACCAUUGAAAACAUCAACAACAACAAUCACUUGCAGAGGGAUCUCGAGCUUGUGAAUCUGCUUACUGGAUGCUUAGAAGCGAUUAGGACAAGGAACAUAGCUGCGAUCAACCAUUUUAUCGCAAGAACAGGUCAACUUGCUUCUCCUACAGGAACAACACCAAUGACACGACUCAUAUCUUACUACACAGAAGCAUUAGCUCUUCGAGUCGCCCGCAUGUGGCCUCACAUCUUCCACAUCGCACCGCCUCGUGAAUUCGACCGAACCCUCGAGGACGAUACAGCAAACGCGUUACGAUUCUUGAACCAAGUGACACCAAUCCCAAAGUUCAUUCACUACACAGCGAACUCGAUGUUACUCAGAGCAUUCGAAGGGAAAGAGAGAGUUCACAUCAUCGACUUCGACAUCAAGCAAGGCUUACAAUGGCCUAGCUUCCUCCAAACCCUAGCUUCAAGACCUAACCCGCCACGCCACGUGCGUAUCACGGGCGUUGGAGAGUCAAAACACGAGCUCAACGAGACGGGAGAUCGUCUCCAGGGGUUCGCGGAGGCGAUGAAUCUUGAGUUUGAGUUCCAUCCCGUUGUUGAUAGACUCGAGGACGUUAGGCUUUGGAUGCUUCACGUCAAGGAAGGCGAAGCGGUCGGCGUGAACUGCGUUUUGCAGAUGCACAAGACGCUUUACGAUGGGACAGGAGCUGCGUUUAGGGACUUUGUGGGUUUGGUAAGAAGCACGAACCCUGUAGCUGUCGUUGUUGUGGAACAGGAAGCGGAACAUAACUCGAUGCGGCUUGAGACAAGAGUGUUUAACUCGUUAAAGUACUAUUCAGCGAUUUUUGACGUGAUGCACAAGCAUCUUGGUGUGGAUAGCUUGAUGAGGGUUAAGAUUGAGGAGGUUUUGUUUGGGAGAGAGAUCAGGAACAUUGUGGCGUGUGAAGGAAGUCAUCGGCAAGAGAGGCAUAUGGGUUUUGGGCAUUGGAGGAGGAGAAUGGAGCAGUUAGGGUUUCGGAGUCUAGGAGUUUCGGAGAGGGAGGUUUUGCAGAGCAAGAUGCUGCUUAGGAUGUAUGGAAAUGGUGAUGAAGAGUUAUUUAAUGUGGAGAGGAGCGGUGAAGACGGAGGAGGAGGAGGUAGUGGAGUGACGUUAUGGUGGUCGGAUCAGCCGCUAUUCACGGUCUCCGCUUGGGCUAUCUGAGGAAGUUCUUCGUUUUAGAUGAAGCAAGGUUUUAGAGACUUUAGAGAAAAUGGUUAAUUUGUUUUUUUAUUAAUUAAGCUUAUAGGGAACAAAAAAAAAUUGAUUCUAUUCUUUCAUUCUUUUUGCUUGGGGUAGGAAUUGGGUUUUUUUUAACAAAGAUUUAAAGGGUUAGAAAAAUAUUAUGUACUAGUAAUGAGCAUUUUCUUAUUCAUUUUUUUAUAUCAAUAAGAAUAGUGAAG